AUGGGGUCUAUAGCAACAGACGAACGUCCGACCGCCGUUAGCGUGAGCCUCCAAGAGCUCAAAGACGGCAACGUUUCGCUCGAAACUCUAGAGCAAGCAUUUGGACCCGCUUCGUUAGGAAUCAUUAUCAUUUCGGGCCUGCCUGAGGAGUUUGCUAGUUUGAGGGCGAGGUUGUUGAGUUAUGCGAGUUAUCUUGCGAAUUUACCGGAUGGGGAGUUGGCGAAAGUCGAGAAGCCCGAAGCGAGGUACAAUGUCGGCUGGUCUUGCGGGAAGGAGACCCUCUCGAAUGGACAGCCUGAUACGUUCAAGGGAUCGUACUACGUACAACCGAUCCAUAAUGAAGAACUCGAAGCGAAAGCCCGGGAGCUGUAUCCCCAUAUCCCAGAUAUGACAAGCCCGAACGUCUGGCCCGACGAAAAAGUCCUGCCGGGAUUUCAAGACGUCUUCGAAACGCUCUGUCGAUUGAUCGUCGACGUCGCGGCUCUGGUGGCGAGGAGUUGCGAUCGAUAUGGCGUGGCGAAAUUGGAAGGGUACAGAGAGGGAACGUUGGAAAAUAUCGUGCGAGGAAGCGUGAGCACGAAAGCGAGAUUACUGCAUUACUUCCCCCCUCCACCAUCGUCCAAAGAAGACGAGCAACCACCCUGCUCAGACGACGACUGGUGCGGCACGCACACCGACCUCGGCGCCUUAACCGGCCUCACAAGCAACAUGUUCAUCGACGAGACCCUCCACCCGCCCACCACUUCCUCCCCCAUCACCGACCUCCCCGAGCUCGACGCACACCCGGACCCCAAAGCCGGGCUCUGGAUCAAAGACCGCGCAGGCCGCACCACCCAAGUCCACAUCCCGAGGGACUGUCUUGCUUUCCAGACGGGGCAGGCGUUGCAGCUGAUUACGAGGGGGAGGUUCCAGGCUGUGCCACAUUUCGUGCGGAGUGGGAGUGGGAGGGGGGCGGGCGGUGGGAUUGCGAGGAAUACGUUGGCGGUGUUUACGCAGCCGAAUUUGUGGGAGGUUGUGGAUGAGAGCAGAAAAUUGGAUUUUGCGGGGUUGGCGGGGGAGGUUUUUGGGAGGACGUAUUGA